AUGGGAAAUUACGGUCAGACAGCCAUGCAUUUGGCUGCCAGCCACGGCCAGGAGGAGACGGUUCGGGUUCUCAUCAAUACAGGCAAGGCUGAACCUAAUGUUCAAGCUCACGAUGGACAAACGGCUUUGCAUCUCGCAGCUAUGGAAGGCUAUGAUGCAAUCGCGCGCAUACUUGUCGCUGAAUUUGGUGCUAGUAUUGAGACUAGGGACGACGACGGGAGGACGCCACUACAUCUUGCAGCACAUAACGGCAAAGAUGCAACAGUGCGCGUGCUAAUUACCUUGGGCAAGGCAGAUGUUGGCGCCAAAGACGAUCAUGGGCAGACAGCGCUACACCUGGCUGCUGUCCGUGGCUGGCUAUCAACGACGUCCCUCCUUUUUACCGAGUUUCAAGCUGAUGUUGAUGCCAAAGACAAUUAUGGGCAAACUGCCCUACAUCUAGCCACAUACGAUAACCAUGAAGCAAUUGUUCGUUCGCUGUUCUCCAAGGACGUUCAAGAUAACUAUGGGUGGACACCAUUGCAUCUUGCUGCAGGUAAUGGGCUUGAAUCUGCUGCUCGAAUGUUAAUGACGGAGGGCAUGGCCAACACCGAAAUCAAGGACCACUAUGGGCUUACGGCAUGGCAAUUCGCCGUGCAGAACGGCCAUAAGAUAACGGCAUCCACAAUGGAGGAGUUGCUCCGUGCAAAACAAGACUCAAUUGUUGCAUAG